AUAGUGAUUAUCAUAAUAGUUGGAACAUACUUUUUUCGAUUAUCGAUUUAACAAAUAACAUUGUUAAUAUUUUUAAUAAUUUACGGAUUGUGUGAAAAAAUUAUUAUUAAACGCGAGAGUUAAUCUUUUUAACGAAUUAUCUUUGCCAUUAUGUGAUAAAUAUAUUGUGGAAUAUAUAGAUAAAAAAAUUAAAAAAAAAAUGAACGAUAAGUCUCGAAUGAAUCAGUGUGCAAAAGUGUGAACGAACAAAUGGACGUUUGGCUUCACGAGCGAACCAACGUACGAAAUUGUGAUUUACAUUGAUAUUAUAUUAAUCGUAUUUAAAAAAAAAUAAGUAUAUAUCGAUAAAAGAAGUGAGAAAAAAUAGAUUAGGUAUAUCUAUUAAUCAGUGAUCGUUGAAUAAAGUGAUAGUUAUCAUUAGUAAAUGACGAUGGUUUUCAUUCGAUCAUGUGAUCAAAAGCAGAAAUCAUUCUACCAUUAAUACCUAAUUUAAAUCGUAGUCAAAGUUUGAAGGAAGACUUCUGCACACACGCACACACACACACACAGAGACAAGAAAUUCAGUGAUUUCUUCUUCUGGUAAUUUAUAAAAAUGAAGAACAUAUCACGAGAUGAAACGAAGAAGAAAGCACCAGAUGGUGGUUGGGGGUGGUUCGUUUGUUUAGGCAGUAGUUUAAUAUCGCUUUCGUUGAGAUCUCUGGAUCCAUCUUUUGGUCUACUCUUCCAAGAUCUUUUAGAAGAACUCAAUAUUGAAUCUACAGGAACUUCAGUGAUAAUGAGCGUACUUGACGCUAUUGUUAAUUUUUCAGGUCUAUUUGUUGGACCAUUGUUGAAAAAAUAUUCUUACAGAAAGGUUGCAUUUUUUGGUUCACUUUUAAGUUGUACAGGUCUUAUGUUGACAUCCAGAGCAGACAGCAUGCCUUAUUUGAUUUGUACUUAUAGCAUUUUAGGAGGCUUUGGUACAGGAAUAGCAAUUGCAUCCGCGUUCGUAGCCUUGAACACUUUCUUCGACAAGAAACGUGGACAAGCGGUUGGUUUCUCAAUGGCUGGAACAACCUUGGCAAUGAUGUUAGUACCGCAGCUUGUUCACAUAUUAUUAAAAUCUUACGGAUUUCGUGGAACUAUGAUGAUCAUAAGUGCGUGGGCACUUCAUUCAGUAGUCGGUGCAUGUCUAUUGAGAUCUCUGGAAACUAAAAAAAAAGAUACUCCGAUAUCCAAAAAAAUAACUGAACCUAAGGAGAAGGAUGCUUUGUUACAAAAAACUUCAACUUCCAUGCGUAAAAUAACAAAUGGUACGAGUCACGACAACGGGGAUGGUAGAAGAAAAAGUGAAACCAAAAUGACCGAUUCAAAAAUCGUCGAAAUUGAGGAUGACGAGAAUAAAAAAUCUACUACAACAACAACAAAAACAACGUUCUUCGAUAAAAUAAAGAAAACAUUUGACUUGGAUUUAUUGAAAGACACCAUAUAUCUGAACGUAGUUAUUGGCACUAGUCUGUAUUACGUGGCAGAAUCAAAUUUCAAGCUGAUGACUCCAUUUUUCCUCUCGAGCAUCGGAAUGACCAAGGCGGAAGUCGCUUUUUGUUUAUCCAUCACCGCCUUUACGGACAUCCUUGCACGUUUGACGUUACCAACCAUAUUCGAUAGACUAGGAUUGAAGAAAAGAUCGAUAUUUUGGAUUUGUUCUAUUAUGGUUGGAUUUGGACGUUCCGUACUUGCCGAACGUACGAAAGGAACAACCCUAAUCAUAUUAUUCGUAAUAAUUGGAUUUUUACGUGGAGCCACUUUGGUCAAUUUAAAUCUAAGUAUUUCUGAAUGUUGUUCAUUAAAAAAAUUACCAAGUGCAUUUGGAAUAUUUAUGGUCUGUAAGGGUAUCUUCGUUGUUGCUAUGAGUCCACUUAUCGGAUUCAUACGAGAUUAUACCCAGAGUUAUAGAAUCUGCAUUCACGUUAUGACAAGUUUAAUCAUUAUGACAUUUAUCUCGUGGACUAUUGAAUUUUCAUAUUUCGGUCUACGUAAAAGGAAACUAAAUUUUAUUGAAGAAACUCAAAAAAAUACGAUAGAAUAAUCGACAUGUUAUUUAUUAUUAAUAAUAACGA